UAAGUCAUGAUGUGAAGUAUUAGACACCAUGGGGGGGGGGGGGCUUUGUAGAAUAAUUGCACUUGGGUUAAAGGCUUCAAUUUGUAGCUAUUGAAACUAUAACUUUCCCAAAAUAAUAAUAAUCUGUUUUUGUUCCGAUUACAUUAAUUGCAUAACUAAUAAUGUUUUGAGAAGAAAUACGUUAUUUUUGCUAUGAUUGUUGUUUCUUACAGUAGUUUAUUCUUGGGGGGCCCCAGUUGAUAGUCCCUACAUGUUAAAUAUGUUGGUAGGAUUAUGGUUAAAGCUUUAUAAACAAAUCAAAGAACUUUAAAAUCAAUCCUGGCACAUACAGGUAGUCAGUGUCUUCAGCAGUGGACAGAUGUGAUCCACUUUCUUACUUUUAGUCCAGACUGUGGUCCCAGCAUUCUGAACCAGACUUUUUUUUCCUUUCAGGUAAUCCAGUGGAAGGGGACACAGCAGUUUGCAGGGCCUGUUUGACUUUGUUGCAUGCCUGUGACCUCCUCCUCCAGCAGCCCUCUAAACAGUCACCGGUGGGCGGGACCACCCUGCUCAGUUUUCACCCUCUCCAGCGAUGAUCUCGAGCUCCCAUUGGCUCCUGUCUGCAGAUACGUCACAAUCAUGAUUAGAAUUGAUGAUCGGACGUUUUGAUUUCAUUGUCUAGCAAAGAGGACUGACUGCUGGAGAAAUCUGCUGAAUUUGAGCGUCCGUCUGAUUUUGCCAUCAGAAAUGCCACAUUACCCAGCAGUGUGCCAGGUGCACUGAGACAGGAUGAGUACAAUCAAAAGUGCACUAACCUAGAAAUAUGGAGGUUUUGCUGUGAGCUGAAUGGCUGCCCCGUUCCCAUCCGCUAGCAGAAUGGAUGCGUGGCCGCAAAGGCGUGGCCUGCAGACUAUGAACCUGCGGUCAGUGUUCACAGCUGAACAGCAGAGGAUCCUGGAACGUUACUACGAUAAUGGGAUGACCAAUCAGAGCAAAGCUUGCUUCCAGCUAAUACUACAAUGUGCUCAGGAGGCCAAACUGGACUUCAGUGUUGUGCGGACAUGGGUUGGCAACAAAAGACGUAAGCUCGCCUCCAAGAUAGAGCUGAAUGGAGGCGUGUCUCAUUCCUUACCCAGUCACGGCUUCGCCGGGGGAAUACUGUCCAAUCACACCAAUCACACAUUAGCCGGAGGUUCCCUGUCCAAUCAUGGCCUGGCAGCGGGGGCGUUACUCCCCGCUGAAAUGACUAUGCCGCGGAACAUCCAGAAUCGUGCGCACCUACUCCCUCCAUCGUCAUCCUUCCCUUCUUUCUCGUCAUCGUCCUCCUCCCCUUCCUCUUCCUCCCCCCUCAGCAGCGGAAGCAGCAGCAACAACAACAACAACAACAAUGACAUCAUAGUGACCGGGAUCUACUCUCUCAACUCCGUCCCUCGCUCCCUACCCAAACCCGCAGCCCCGCCACCUCAGCCAGACUCCGCGCUUUCAACGCACCUAUCCUCGUCUGUGAUCAACCAGGUCCUGCAGAGCAAAACCAGCUCCAGCUCCAGCUCCAGCUCCUCACCCCUCCGCGGCAAGCUGGUGUCACUCUCUCAGAACCUGCCAUCCCUCACAUCCGCCUCAGGGCCUUUAGUCUACACUGCAGUUGGGAAGGGGAAUCUGUCUCUCGUGGAGGCGGGGGUAAGUGCCGGAGCAGGGGUGGUACCUCACAGCUGGACUAGGCAGUACGGUACAGCGCAAACCCGCCCUUGGUCCUCUUCUUCCCAGUCCCAGUCCCAGUCCCAGGCUCAGCCUCAGCCCAAACCUCAAUCCAAACCUCAACCACCUGCCCCACAGAAGACUCGGGUCUCCCUCCCAGUCCAAACCUCCAGUCCUGCCUCUGAACAGACACCUCGUAUCCAGAAUUACUUCACCUUGUCAGAAAGAGGCAAGGGGGAUAGACUUGUGUCGGGACUCACGUCUACUCUGAGAGUUCAGGAGAGUCAUAGACUGGUGCCCCAUCCUCUGGACACCAGUCAUGACUUCUCCAUCGCCAUGGAAACCGCAGAUGAAGAAGAUGAGUGGCAAAGGGAAGAGGAACUGGCAAAUAUGGCCGCUCAGGCUCACAUCCACAGGGAACAGACGUCACCGUCUGAGGCGAGCGGAAGCCACACACCUCCUAUGACUAGCUCCAAAUUCGCACCUCUUCACAGCAACACAGCUCUUCAGGGCAGCUACUCGCUCACAGCACAGACCUCACUCACAGGGGAAUCCAGCUCACAGGCUUCGAUCGGUGUGUGCGCCGCCCCCUGGGUUAUCAGCAACUCCAGAAAGAGAACACUGCAGGAUCGGACCCAGUUCAGUGACGGGGAUCUCAUCCAGCUGAAGCGGUACUGGGACCGAGGCAUGACCAGCCUGGGCUCAGUCUGCAGGGAAAAGAUCACUGCUGCAGCCAACCAGCUCAAUGUAGACACUGAAAUAGUCAAGACAUGGAUCAGUAACAGACGGAGGAAGUACCGUCUGAUGGGUAUUGAAAUCCCUCCACCUACAGGUGGGCCUGCUGUAUUCACAACCUCAUCCCCAGGAAACGAAUCUCCGGGGUCGCUCAGCCCCGACGAGGAGCGGCUCAGAACAGCUGACCUUGGAGAUGACAUGAAUGAUGGGGGAUCUAUGUGCUUGUCAGAAGAUGGCACCAUCGACUCACAACAUAGAGACGGAGAAGAUGGAACAGAUGUAACCGCUGCUGCUCCACUGGCCAAUAAUGUGAAGAUCGAAGUAAUUGACGAGGAUGAAGAAGAAGUAGACGAUGAGGAUGGUGAAAUGGUGGCCUCAGAAUUAGAGCAAAUGCAUAACCUGCUGGAAUUCAAGCAUGAGGAAGUGCAGUUCUUAGAGCAUGAGCUAGAGAACCAAAAAGAAAGAUACCAGGAGCUUGCAAGCUUCACCAAGAGCCUGCUGAGCGCUUUGAGGAAUAACGAUCUGGAGAGACAGCAGGAACUUAUCGCCAGUCUACCUCAGCCUUCAGACCAGGACUGGGACAUGACUGUGAAGAGAGGAACUCAGCCCGGUGCUAUGUCAGAAGACGAAUCCUCCAACCACGACGAAUCCUCUAACCACGACGAGUCCCCGGCGGCCGGUGCAAGCGCCGUCGACCUUCCGCACGCGCCAGCCAACGACAACGUCCCACUGGUCACCAUAAUCGAAGACGGUUUGACAACUGAAGUUACUGAGCCCUCUGCAUCAGAGGAGCAAAUGCAGGGAGCAGUCCAAGAACAAGAGUGACUUUUUUUUUCAUGUACAUCAACUCACGCACACGCUCGUACAGAUGUUUCCACACUCCACACAGAAGCUGGACUAUAUGAUCUUACAUUAACACAAACACUCUGAUAAACUCAUGCUCCACGCCCAGUGCCUGUGGAUUGAUACUUCACUAUGACUGUUGGGCUGACAAUGCCUUUUUUUUACUGCAUAUCAUUCGCCUUGCUCUGGUCCAGUCCAGAGAGAACAAUAAAUGA